CAUUUCCUCCCUCAGCUUCCUGAAGCCAAGGGAAAGUGGUUUUCCAGGGCCCCUGCUGGCCUGGAAGAGUGGCUACCUGCCCCGGGCUGCCGCAGGGCCAGAGGGAGAGAGUGGGGUGUACCUGUCCCCACACCCGGCCAGCACAGGUGCCAUGCCGGGGUCAGGGCCCGAGGCAGGCUUGUGUUCGUUGGCUCCGUUUUAGAGAAGGGCACCUGUGUUCAGUGUUCAGGGAGGAGGUGCGGCUUUCCUGAGGCCAGCCCAGCCAGUGGCAGCCGAACCCGGCCUGGCGGCUUCAGACUGGCUCACUCCUUGCCGGAGCUCUGGUCUGCCUUCUCUACGACCACCCGCCGGGCGAGGGUGGGAGCACGGCUGCCUCCCUGGGCCUGGGCCCUCUGUCGGGCGCUGGGCGCUGCAAGAGCAGGACAGAGCAGACAGACCAGCUGCCAUUUGGGAUUCUUUUCUGGGGAAGAAGUUUCCAGCAUUGGCGACACCUAGUCCUGCUGCAGGCAAGGCUCCUCCAGCGGGACGAGAUAAAUGUUCUUGAUGCAAGCAAAACAGGAAUGCUCUGAUCACUUACCCAAGAUCACUGAGGCAAACAGCCCUUUGUGAGAUCUCCGGACAGUGUACCAUCCCAGGCUGAAAGGGCAUGGGAUGGCAGACAGGUUAGCCAAGAAGCCUCAGAGAAGGUGCCAGUGGAUGUAGCUGUCCUUUGCCCCCACCCGCCCCCCGCCACGCCCUGCACGAUGAACCCCCCCGCCUACAGCUGCUUUGUGGACAGAGACAAGAUGGACUCGGCCAUCCCGGACCUGGGGCCCAAGGAGCUGAGCUGCAUGGAGCUGCCGGAGCUGAAGCAGCUGGCGCGCCAGGGCUACUGGGCCCGCAGCUACGCCCUGCGGGGGCAGGUGUACCAGCGCCUGAUCCGGGACAUCCCCUGCCGCACGGUCACCCCUGACGCCAGCGUGUACAGAGACAUCGUCGGCAAGAUCGUGGGCAAGCACAGCAGCGCCAGCCUGCCCCUGCCCGAGUUUGUGGACAACACGCAGGUGCCCAGCUACUGCCUGAACUCGAAGGGCGAGGGCGCUGUGCGCAAGAUCCUGCUGUGCAUCAGCAACCAGUUCCCCGACGUCUCCUUCUGCCCCGCACUGCCCGCGGUCGUGGCUCUGCUGUUGCACUACAGUGCCGACGAGGCCGAGUGCUUCGAGAAGGCUUGCCGCAUCCUGGCCUGCAAGGACCCCAGCAGGAAGCUGGUAGACCAGAGCUUCCUGGCCUUCGAGUCCUCCUGCAUGACGUUUGGGGACCUGGUGAACAAGUACUGCCAGGCGGCCCACCAGCUGAUGGUGGCUGUGUCAGAGGAUGUCCUGCAGGUGUACGCAGACUGGCAGCGCUGGCUCUUCGGGGAGCUUCCCCUCAGCUACUUCGCCCGUGUCUUCGACGUCUUCCUGGUGGAGGGUUACAAGGUGUUGUACCGCGUGGCACUGGCCAUCCUCAAGUUCUUCCACAAGGCGAGGGCGGGGCAGCCGCUCGAGUCGGACAGUGUGAAGCAGGACAUCCGCACCUUCGUCAGGGACAUCGCCAAGACCGUAUCUCCCGAGAAACUGCUGGAGAAGGCGUUUGCCAUCCGCCUCUUCUCUCGGAAGGAGAUUCAGCUCCUGCAGAUGGCCAACGAAAAAGCUCUGAAGCAGAAGGGCAUCACCGUCAAGCAGAAGAGGCAGUUCGUGCACCUGGCGGUUCACGCAGACAACUUCCACUCAGAGAUCGUCGGUGUGAAGGAGAUGAGAGACAUCUGGUCGUGGGUCCCUGAGCGGUUCGCCCUCUGCCAGCCCCUCCUGCUCUUCUCCUCGCUGCAGCAUGGGUACAGCCUGACCAGGUUCUACUUCCAGUGCGAAGGACGAGAGCCCACCGUUCUGCUGAUCAAGACUACGCAGAAGGAGGUGUGUGGCGCCUACCUGUCAACAGACUGGAGUGAGAGAAACAAGUUUGGGGGCAAGCUGGGCUUCUUCGGGACCGGAGAAUGCUUCGUGUUUAGGCUGCAGCCCGAGGUCCAGCGCUACGAGUGGGUGGUCAUCAAACACCCAGAGCUGACCAAGCCCGCGUCCCUGGAGUCCACGUCCCUGGAGUCCACGUCCCUGGAGUCCGCCACUGUUUCAUCCUCCCCGAGCCACUCUCUGUCCUCUGAGAGCUCCGACCGCCUCUCGCCUUUCCUGGCUACUCGGCACUUCAACCUGCCCUCCAAGACGGAGUCCCUGUUCAUGGCCGGGGGCAGCGACUGCCUCAUCAUAGGUGGAGGGGGCGGCCAGGCGCUGUACAUCGACGGGGACCUGAACCGGGGCCGCACGGGCCACUGCGACACUUUCAACAACCAGCCUCUCUGCUCUGAGAACUUCCUUAUCGCUGCUGUGGAGGCCUGGGGCUUCCAGGACCCUGACAUCCAGUGACGGCCAUGAGCCAAUGAGCCUGAAGCCUCUGCUGGGCCUCAGGGUAGAGUUAUGCCUGGAAGGGCCCUCUGGGACAGACCCCACACCAGCCAGCAGUAUUUCUGGGCCCUGCCUGGAGAAGCCUGGACCCACGGAUCCUUCUGCAGCCUCCUCUUCUCCAGCUCCGGGCCUCCUUAGUUCCCCAAGCUCCCUGCUGUGGUCCCACUUGACUGCAGUGACCUGGACCAGGGUCUCGUCUGACCUCUCACACGCGCUCUCUUAUCCUGCCUCCCCUGGUGCCACCUGCCCUCCCAGCUCCUGCUACAUGGACCUUCCUGACCCACCAUCUGUGCAUCCGUCUCACAGUGCCGCCUGGGUGUGCAGGCGGCCCUCCACCCAUGACUCCCUCAGCUGGUCCUGAGGGCCUGGCCACCCAGAGGGAGGAGAGACAUGGACACUCCAGGGAUCCUACCCGCUCGGUACCCCGUGCGCCCCCACCCCAAACCUUGUGCUCUCCCUGCUGGGCCUGCAUCCUCACUGCCCACCUCCUCAGAUCUCCGCUGAGCCCGGCCACAGUGAUAUGGAAGGACACACCAGGAACCCUGUGUGGCUUUGGGCAGGCCAGUGAACCUGUCUGGAACUCAGUUUCCCCAACUGUAAAAUGGGGGCCGUUCACCCUGUGCUGCAGGCCCCACAGGGCUGCUGAGAGGCCUGCAGAGGGGAGAGGUGUUUGGGGGGGCAGCUUCCUCCCCAGACACCACAGCCCUCGCUGCCCCUCCCCGAGCCCCCUCAGCCCUCACCUGUGCUUCGGUGUUCAUUAAUCAGCUAUGUGAACUGCAGGGAUCCGAGUCUGGUUUCUUCAACCAGAGGGACCUCCCAGGGCUCACUGCCCACCCUGGCUCACCUCCUGCCUGUCAGUACCGGUCACAGAACAUCAAAGGCCUUUUCAAAACACAGCCUUUCAGAAGCAGCUGAAGGCACACCCGAGCACCAUCUCCUGCCCCUCGGUGAACCUCCUGAGCUGUGGAGUUCUUUUCCUGCUGAGUAAUUCCACAGGAUUCUCUGAGACUGCCCCAGGGCCUCCCCCCACCCAGCUCGGCAGUGGUAGCUGAUGAGUCACCGUUUCUGUAUCAUGAGAUCUGUGUGUGUGUGUGUGUGUGUGCACGCAAGAUACUCCUUUCUUUGAAUUUCGUAUCUUCUCCCCAACUUUUCUGCUAAACUAAAAGGUAUGUGUGAUUAUUAUCUUCAGUUUUUUUUAUUCUGAUUACUGUCCUUGUUAUCUGAUAUUCAGUCUUCCCAAAUAGAGUAUAAUUUAUUUUGUUGACAUUCUCUGUUAUUCCUUCCUGAUUAUUAUUAGCGUUUUCUGUUAAAAAUUAGCCAAAGUUUUAUGGAAUUGCAGAGUGAAUUAUCAUUUGUUUUUCUAGAAACAUUUGAAAAUGUAUUUUAAGAAAAAAAUUGAACAUAGUUUAAACCAGUUCAUUAUCAAAGUAGACUGUAUGCAUUUAAGGCUUCAGAAAAUCAGUUUUCCUAAAACAGUUUAUAUUACAAGAGUAAGUCCAUUGUAUUUUAUGAGUUUUUCCAUUUUAAUUAUUAAAAUAAGUAUUCAAUUUUCCC